CGCUAUCAGAUCACAACCAGCGAGGACACACUCCGUUUCUCUCAUCUGAUAUACAGACAUUUUGUGAGACAUUAUCAGAGUUUUUUUUUUUUUUUAAAAGGAGGAGCCUGAUUUCUAAGAUCGGGCUUCGACCCCAGCACCGAUGAAACUCCAGCUGUUUUACAGGCCCUAAGUGACGGCAUGUCGCUUCCUUUUGCUCUGACGUCUACAGCGCUUCUCCGCUCUACCUUGAUUCGUUGAAGAUGAGUUAGAUUGGUUACGGCUGAUCUCUGCUUCAUGAGCCAGCAGGAUGCGGCAUCGGUGCGUGCACUCUCUGAGCGUCUCCUGGUAGCGUCGCACAAGGGCCAGGCCGAAAAUGUGGUGCAGCUGAUCAACAAGGGCGCCAAAGUUGCCGUCACCAAGUAUGGCCGGACUCCGCUACAUUUGGCCGCUUAUAAAAACCACGUCGAGGUUGUGAGGAUCCUGUUGAGGGCCGGCUGCGAUCUGGACAUUCAGGAUGACGGCGAUCAGACGGCGUUACACAGAGCAGCCGUGGUGGGAAACGGUGACGUCAUCACAGCGCUCGUCCAGGAAGGGUGUGCACUGGACAGGCAAGACAAGGAUGGGAACACGGCGCUGCACGAGGUCGCAUGGCACGGCUUCAGUCAGUCCGUUAAACUGCUGGUUAAAGCCGGGGCUCACAUCCACGCUAAAAACAAGGCAGGGAACACGGCUCUACACUUGGCGUGCCAGAACGGUCAUGCUCAAAGCACUAAAGUUCUGCUGCUGGGUGGAGCUCGUCCCGACAGCAAAAACAAUGUAGGUGACACGUGCCUGCACGUCUCCGCUCGCUACAACCAUGUGGGUGUCAUCCGUAUACUUCUAGGCACUUUCUGUUCAGUGGCUGAGAUUAAUCAGGCAGGAGACUCGGCCCUGCACAUAGCGGCCAUGCUGAAUCAUAAGAAGACGACACGUCUGCUGCUGGAAGCUGGAGCUGAUUGUAACAUCCAGAACAACGCAGGGCAAACAGCACUGGACAAGGCCAGAGAGAACAACAGCCCUGAAGUAGCACUGCUGCUAACUAAAGCACCACAGAUUCAGAGCUUCACCCGUGGCAGAAGUGUUAGGAAAAGGAGGGAAAAGUUGAGAGCUGAAGGACGAGCAUUGUCUGUACCACGUGAUGAGAUGCUGCGGAGUAAGUUCAGUGUGUCUGCAGCAGAAGAAACUCCCAGCAGUGAUCGCUCUGCACAGAGACGCGGGAACUGCAGGAACGAAUCACCGCACGCUCCUCGGCAUAGGAAAAGUCAUGACCGGAGCCGCAGCCAGGUCAAAGAAAAGCCUUCCCUAUCGGACCCUCUAUCCAUCAGGGAGAAUAAGUGUAAAGAGCAGAGGAAGAGGAGUAAAUCGAGAACUUCACCUCCUCGAGCUGUUCCUCCUCCACACAGCUACAAGGCUUAUCAGCUGUACACACUGUACAGGGACCAAGACGGCAAGGUCAUGCAGGCUCCUCUGGACGGCUGCAGGUGCGAACCGCUCAUCAACAAACUGGAGAACCAGCUGGAGGCCACCAAAGAGGAGAUGAAGUCUGAGAUCCACACGGUCCAAGAGCUUAUGAACAACAAGAUGGGUCAGCUGGAGCGCAAGAACAAACACCAGAUCAGAGCUCUGGAUAAGAUGACGUUAGAGAGAGUGUCGGCUGAAAGGAUGGAGUGUUUACGUCGUAUCGACGAGAGGACAAAACAGGAGAGCCUGGAGGGUGAGAAGAGACAGGCCUCCAUGGUGAGUGAACUGAAGAACUGGUGCAUGUCUAAGCUCCAGAGGAUGGAGGCACGUCUGACAGCAGACGCACGCUGUGCCACUCUGCACCGCUCGUCCUCUCUAGAUGGGUGUGCAACGCUUCAGGGUGAAACAGAGGGUCUGUCUGCAGGCAGCACUCGCUGUCUUGUACCCGGCGAUCUGAACGAGCGCGAGGAGGGACAAGGAGAAGGAGAGGGAGGAGCUCCGGGAGAAGAGGAUGUGUUGGACAGUCACUACUUUGUGGUUCAGAAGGACAGCUCUUCAGACGGCAAACCGAACAGCCGUGAGAUCUCGUCCUCUGUGGCCCAGGACAAAUCAGCACCUUCGUCUCCUCUCGUCGUACGACCGAAACAGCGCACGCUGUUCUCUGCUGACCCACACAGGCCAGACCAGGAACUACAGGAGGCCUUGAAUUCAGUCCAAUCCAACAGCCUCUUGAUGACUACAGAGCGCCGCUUACAAAGCAGUGGCCAGAAGGACCAAAAACAUGAGCGGGACCAGAAGCGCAGCAAGAGAUCUAAAAGCAGACACAAUAAAAAACAUAUUGAAGGGAGGACUGAGGACCAAACUGGGACAAAGACCCAUGAGGUGUUAGGGGAAGAGCGGGUCAGCUUACACGCGCUGGAGGUGACGCAGUGCUUCUUCGAGGCAGUGUCAACUCAGAUGGAGCACUGGUACGAGCGCAAGGUCCAGGAGGCGAGCUGGCAGGCCGAGCAGCGAGCACGAGCCGAUCAGUCCACGCUGAUGGAGAGGAUCAUCUGCCUGGAAGAUGAACUGAGGCUCCUCAGAACCAGCAGACAGGAGGACAGCUAGCACAGGCUUGUGUGAAGAAGGAGUGGAUGACCGAGAUCAUAACCUCCUGUUAAACUUCACACCUUUUGUCUAUGAAGGAUUUCAGUCAUCCAGAUCAUAUAGAUAGAAAUAAAUAGCAUGUGUGUGUGUGUGUGUGUAUAUAUAUAUAUAUAUAUAGUAAUAAUAGUAAGACAUCAAGACAACUGGACUAGUUUUCCAUGUUGGCACAUUUAAGUAUUAAUGGCUUAAUUGUUUCAGUCUAAAAAAUUUUUUUGAAUGUCAAACAACUACUAAUUUCCUGCCAAACAAGAUUUCUGACAUUUUAACUUUUUUUAUUUUUAUUUAAAAAACAAAAACAAAAAAAAAAACUAGGUGUAGAGAGAAAUGUCAUUUCAGCUUUAAAUCACUGUGAACAUUUCUAGUUUCAGUAUCGUGUUUUUCUUCCUGUUCCCCGAGGCAAUAUUCUCUGUUCUCUGGGUAACUUUUAAUGUGUUUUUCUAUUUUAGAACACACAACAGGUAUUCUUUAUCCUUUGUGUACAUCAUGCAUCAUGCACAGAGACCAAAAUAAAAAGCUAAAUGGAUUCUAACACUAAACCACCAUUAUAAUCUACAUAUCCAUCUACAUACUGUGCCUUACGUCAGUAUACGCUUCCCUUGAACUUUUACAGUGCGUCAUUUAAAAUCCACUUCAUUAUUAUUCACUAAAUAGCCCGUAAACAUUAAACUAGAGGGAAGCCAGUAUAUCAUUUACUCGUCCUGAACACCGACACACCUCACAUUGGUGGUGGUCGAAUUUAUAUAUAUAUAUAUAUAUAUAUAUAUAUAUAUAUAUAAACUUAAUUACUACAAAACCUGAAUGCUUUUGCAAGUCAGUGUACAAGAUGUACAGUUCUGCCUUUUGGGUGUUUGGGUUCAGAUUUAUACUCAGACAGUUUAAACUGGACAGACUAAGAUGUGGUUAAUGCACUGUUUACAUUGUAAAAAAACAAACAAAAACAUUGUCAAUCAAACUGGUUAAAAGCUAAUAAGCUGUUAGAGAAAUGUCUCUUUCGUUUCUUUUAAAGGAGAAAGUCAGAAGUGUGUGUUCAUCUUUUAUAUAUAUAUCCACUGUAUGCUGCUGUGUGUCUCUUACUGACUGAUUUUUGGUGCCAGUAUGCGUUCAAAUGAGCUACGAUUCUGUGUAAGUUUAUGUUUGUAUCUACUUGGCCGGCACAGCAGAUGGGGAAAUGACAGAAAACCUGCUUUGAAUGAUAAGCUGAAGGGAUUUUGAAGGUUUUGUUUUGUACACAGAGGUGUAUCUCUGUACCGAGGCCAUGCUGAUUACUGCUGUGUUUGUCCUUUUUUUUUUUGUAAUCAAAUUGACUUUUUUUUUUUUUUUUGCAUUUCACUCAACUAAAAUGAUGAAAUAUGCAAACGCUUUAGCAAAAGUCUUGACAAAACAUUAUUUUUAUGCUACUGAGCUAGAAUGAGAGCUUCUUUCACACCUUACUCUAUUUUCACACUUUAACAGAUUCCCAUCAUUGUUGCGAGGCUUGGUCAUGUUUCUGAGAUUAAACCAAGGAAUUGUAGAAUUUAAAAAGGUUAAAAACGCACAGAUGAUCCACACUGUUUCUGUUCCUGACACACCAGUAGCACAUGAUGAGGAGCUGAGCGUAAAUAAUGGAGCUGUGAUCUAAAUGGCACAUGACACUGCAUGGACUCUGUAUACUGACCCUACUAAACCUACCCACUGUAAAACCUCCUCAGAUUUCAUUGAACUCAAUGAUUCAUAUUAGUGCUUUAUUGCUUGUGUUCAAUAAAUAUCGUUUUAUGAUUCA